GUCAACAACCAGAUAGGGCGUCGUCGAUUCAAGGGCGAGGCUCGCGAGCGAGCCUUUCGGAUGAACUCUCCGCGGCUGCCAGGACCGGUCCCCCGGGCGGGCGCAACGGCGGCGGCGGCGGCGCAGGGCACUUUCGCCCGGAACAGCCGACAAAGACGACGGGCAGCGGGGCGACACAGAUUCUCGGCCUACUUGCGGCGGCUUUUCACCUUACAUAACUGGAUUUCCCCGUAGGCCGAUGGAACCUGUUCUGCACACAAAUAGCAGCGUCACCGGCGUCGAUGCUCCGCCAUAUUGCACGCGGGCGGCCAUGUUUGAAGUGCGCGCGUGGCCCCGCACGGCAAAACCCAAUCCGGGGCCCCGUGAAAACGGCGGAACUGCACUGCACCGUGGCCCAACGGGGCCCGUCAGACCCCGGCGCUGUGCCUCUCCGCCGAGGCUCGCCGCGGGGGAGGCGGCGAGGCCGUUGGCUUUGUCGGCUGACGUGGGCGCUUGUGCGGCCAAUGGCGGUCUGCCCCAGAAAGGCGGGAAAGGGGGUCUCCGCCAAGUAGGCCCUAUAAAAGGCCGGCCUACCCGCUGGCACGGGCUUCUCUACUGGCGUCAUGGGAACUGGCGCUGUACCGCUCCUGCUGUCGCUGCUGCUGCUACCUCACGGGUCGCUGUCCAGUACACUGGUCAAGCGGCAGAUCUCAACGGACAUCGAGAACGACGCGGAGCUGUGCAAGGGCCGUUCCCCGUCCGAGUACUUCCGGCUCACAGCCGACGAGGACUGCCGAGAUGUAGUCAGGUGUUCGGUGCAGGGCCUCUUGGCUCUGCGCUGUCCGUCCGGCCUCGCCUUCGACAUCGACAAGCAGACGUGUGACUGGAAGGCCAACGUGAAGAACUGCGAGCAGCUUGAGAAGCCCCGUCUGGUGGCCCCCCUCCUGGCAACGGAUGAACCCAUCUGUGAGACUGGCAAGCUGGCCUGCGGCAAUGGCGACUGUAUUGCCAAGGAGAUGUUCUGUAACGGCAAUCCCGACUGCAGCGACGGCUCGGACGAGAACGCCUGCACCGUGGACACUGACCCCAACCGGGCCCCACCCUGCGACCAGAACCAGUGUGUGCUGCCGGAUUGCUUCUGUUCAGCCGACGGCACCCAGAUCCCCGGUCGCCUGGAACCCAAUACGGUGCCGCAGAUGAUCACCAUCACUUUCGACGACGCCAUCAACAACAACAACAUCGACAUCUAUGAGAAGAUCUUCAAGGAGGGCCGCAACAACCCCAACGGCUGCCAGAUCAAGGCCACCUUCUUCGUGUCCCACAAGUACACCAACUACUCGGCCGUGCAGGAGUUGCAUCGCAGGGGCCACGAGAUGGCCGCCCAUUCCAUCACGCACAAGCACGUCGAGAAGUACUGGUCCGAGGCCAACUCCGAAGUCUGGGCCAAGGAGAUGGCUGGCGUGAGGCUCAUCAUGGAGCGGUUCGCCAACAUCACCGACAACUCGAUCGUGGGCGUGCGUGCGCCCUACUUGCGCGUGGGCGGCAACAGCCAGUUCUUUAUGAUGGAGGAGCAGGCCUUCUUGUACGACUCCACCAUCGCGGCGCCGCUGAGCAACCCUCCACUGUGGCCGUACACGCUCUACUUCCGCAUGCCGCACAAGUGCCACGGCAACGGACAGAACUGUCCUAGCCGCUCCCACGCCGUCUGGGAAAUGGUGAUGAACGAGUUAGAUCGACGUGACGACCCUAGCUUCGACGAGGAGCUCGCCGGCUGCGCUAUGGUCGACAGUUGUAGCAAUAUCAUUUCGGGAGAGCAGUUCUACAACUUCCUCAACCACAACCUGGACAGGCAUUACAAGACCAACAGAGCGCCGCUGGGACUUUACUUCCACGCGGGCUGGCUCAAGCUCAACCCGGAGUACCUGGACGCGUUCAUCCAGUGGAUCGACGAGACCCUGGACAAGAACGACGUGUUCUUCGUCACCAUGACUCAGGUGCUGCAAUGGAUGCAGCAGCCCACCGAGCUGUCCUCAAUCCGUGACUUUGCACCCUGGAAGGAGAAGUGUGACGUCAAGGGCCAAGCCUACUGCAGUCUGCCCAACGCCUGCCCGCUGACGACGCGCGAGCUGCCCGGAGAGACAAUCCGGCUCCACACGUGUGUCGAAUGUCCCCAGAACUACCCGUGGUUGGAGGACCCCACCGGGGACUACUUCGCCUUCCGCAAGUAGACGCCCCCGCCGCACCUGGAGGCCCGACGCCGGCCGCCCGCGUGGCGAGACGUGCCCUCGCCGGAGACCGGUCCGCCGGCCUCGCCGUCUGGACCGAUGCCCAAGGACGUCGACCACGUGGGGGCUGCCGGCGAACGGCCGGAAUGCCACCGGGCCGCGCUCGCUUCCUCCGGACUCGCUUUCUGCCCAUCCGCAGGGACUGCUCAGCCCCGCCGGAAGGGUCCGCACUCCUUGCACGUCCGCGGGACGAGUGCUGUGGUCGACCGCGUUCUCGCAGCCCCGAAUGAGCGCAAUAAAAUCCCCAAAAAGCCCCCAGGGCACCCCAACGCUCGUGCCCCUGUGACUCCGGCCGCCGUAUGGCUGACGAGACCCCCUCCCUCUCUGUCAGUGGGACGACUCGGCGUCAGUCCUGGCCGCGGCAAGCUCCAUGGGUCCCAUCUGGACGACCGGCUUUCUUCGUCGCCACUCCGGGCCAGAACCUUCGGCUCCGAAUCUUCAACGUGCGCCGCAGAGUAUCUGUCUAUUUGUUUUUAGAAGAGUUGUAUGUCGAAUUUUGCUAUUAUGCCUGAUUUCAUUUUCUUUCUUGAAUGAAAUGCCUUUGUGUAAA